GCUACGGAGAACCACGCAGCAGUAUUGCCGUAUUCGGAUAAGCGUAUAUAAAGGGUUCCUUUUCCCGUCAACUUCCAGAAUGAGAGCAUCACAGGUGAUAACAGCCCAACUGUUGCUUCUGCUCAGUGCUUACGCCGCUGAUUACAGAGUUUCUGAGACGAAUCUAACGGCUGAGACACGGAGGGAAGUGAAGGAGCUGGAAUCUCAGUAUGCGGACUAUAUGCCAAGGGAAUGUAGAAAAGAUAUCUGCCUGGGUCAAUCAAUCAAUGAUCCCGAUAGGGGGCAAUUUGACUGCCCCGAUGCUUCCAUUGGUCAGGUCGUACAUCUAACCUGCCCCUAUGACAAUACCUCCGAAACUAAUAUCACGUGCAAUAUCAAAAACAAGAAGGCAUCAUGGAGUACAUUGAUCUCAACAGCAAUAAAAAAAUGUCCGAUGUCUUACUUCGGUCAACAAUUGGACGUUUUAGCUGGAUAUUUGACAAUGAAUACCACUAACACAACCCUAACCAAUGCUGUCGACCGUCUGUGGACACUUCUUGUGAAAAUGAAGUAUGACGUCACGGUUCGCGCCAUGAGAACCGUGUCGCAAACAACAGAAAAAACCAAGGAGAUCGACCUUGACCCGUGUACGACCUUGAAACUUCUAGAGGUCGCCGAAGUGAUACUCGUGGCAGAUUCAGAUGUGGUUUUCCAGGCAAGCGGGUACUAUAAAAAGAUUGUUGAGUUCGUUUUGAGAGCUAAUGAGACGAGUCUGGGCAUCUUGUGCCCGGAUACUCCACUUUAUAUGACCAUAACUGAAACUGUUCAUAUGCAUGAUGGUUCCAGAAAGGCAUUUUCUGGUCCAGAGGCUAUCAUUGUGGAGUUCAGCGCUAAGAUGGAAGAUGCAUCUGUCAUCAAGGACAGAUUUUGCUCGGACGGUGCAAAUAUGGUCGUUAAAGGUCGGCAAGUGUCGUUGCUGUGGAGUACAAACCACACAUGCACCCUGCUAGGCGAUUCAUCCCAAACGGUUCGGUGUCGGUGUGACUUCUAUGCGACGACGGGUGGAGUGGGAGUGACGACUUUGUUCAUUACAGACGAUGCAUUUUGGAGAUUUCCCCAUGUGGUAGAACUUGCCAUUGUCUCGUAUAUUUUGGGAUCCAUAUCAAUAAUUUGUCUGGUGCUCACGAUUCUGACUUUUACAAUAUUCCCGCACCUCCGCCGCGAGAGGGCCACCAUGAUCUUACUAAAUCUCUGUUCGUCAUUGCUUCUCCUAUACGUCGUCUUCAUGACCUCCACGCUCCUUACCAGCAGCUACCAUGGCUGCGCACUGGCCAACAUUCUCCGCCUCUACUUCCUGUUGGCUUCCCUCAUCUGGAAUGGCGUGGAGGGUGUUAAUAUGUAUAUCAAACUGGUGCGUGUCGUUGGAUCUCACAUUUCACACUUCGUCUGGAAGGCUGCAGCUGUGGCUUGGGGAUUUCCUGUCGUUAUCCUGGGCGUGGCAUUCGCUUGUAACAUUCACAUUUUUCACGGAGAAUGGGAGAAAUGUGUUUACAAAUGUCGUCUUCAGCGGGUCACUAUGAUGUUCGUGGCACUGUUACCAAUGUGCAUCAUCAUCCUUACCAACCUGGUCGUCUUCUCCAUGGUCCUGAAGAUACUAGCUCAGAGGAGCAAGCAGCUUCAGCUAGACAAUAGGCGCGCGCUGAAGGUACAACUUGUCGGAGCGGUAGCCAUGCUGACCCUGCUGGGCGUCCCUUGGAUCUUCAGCUGUCUCGGCCUGGUGGACGUCAGCGCCGAGAGUAGUCUCGGAGCUUUCCAAUUGACGUGUCAGGUGUUCUUCAUCGUAUUUACCAACCUCCAAGGUACAUUUAUAUUCAUAUUCCACUGUCUACGACAGCAAGAGGUGCGUAUGACGUGGAAGAAAUUCGCGUACCGCCAUCUUGGAAAGGAUGCUUCUUAUGAAGUUCAAAGUCGGCUGACGUCAUCUGGGACGAAUUCUCCCCAUACGACCAAGAGGGUGGCUACGAGUAUGUUUAGUUGCAGUCCUGCUAGUAGUGAUCCUGGGCUCAGCACGCCGCCCCUUCCGCACCGGCCAGAGAGCGACACACGCUACUAGCAGAGAUGACAGUUUACUGCAUUAUAGUAGAGGGAACAUACAUGUAAUGUGAUAAUUCGACAUUAUGUUGAUAAUAUUAGAGAGUCACAUUUGUAUAAACGAAAACACGUGAUCAGAAAGAUACUGCGUCUACGUAUUAAUGAACACUUAAUUAUAACUAUUACAGUACUAAUGUCUCAUUUUAUGACAUAGGCAUGUAAAAAUACAAGUUCACUGAAGCACACCGUAAAUUAAUGAAUACAAUGACUGCAGCAUUUACACAUGUAGCUCAUGAAGCACAGCCAAUUUUCAAAUAGACCAAUCCUACAACGAUUUGAUCCGGGCUUUUUGUCGAACAGGGCCACUCAUUGGAAAGAAUUGGAACAUGACAAAAUUAAUUUGGCAUCCUUUUAUAUACUAUAUGCCUUCAAGACUAUGUUUGGAUCGUGCUCGAAAUCAGGCUCUGGUUAAUGAAAACCACGCGAUAUUUUCGCGAGAUUGGGAAUCAGGGAAUUGUCUAUUCCUUAGAAGACGGUGUAUUGUUAGCAAUGUAAACAUACAACAAAAACGACAAGACUUCUGUGUGACACACACUGGCACACAAACAUGCAUAGCGGUAUAUAGUUUAUAAUCAUACUAUAACAUACAAUGUAUCUGUACAGGCAUUUGAAGUGAAUAAAUAUAGGCUAUGAUC